AGAAGGGGAAGCCGAUGGUGGCGGGUUGGUAAGAGGGCUCGCGUUUGCGCAUUGGUAAGCGAUCGCCUCUCGUUCCCUCUCUUCCUCCUUUACCUUUAGGGAUAGGAACGGUGAGGUUAGGGGGAAGGAGAAAUCAAGGUCAGGACGGGGUGGAUGGGGACAUGGCGGAAGGCCUACGGAGCCCUCAAGGAUUCUACCAAAGUUGGGCUCGCGAAGGUCAAUAGCGAAUUCAAGGAUUUGGAUAUUGCUAUCGUCAAAGCAACAAACCAUGUAGAAUGCCCCCCGAAGGAGCGACACGUGCGGACGAUUUUUGCUGCUACCUCGGUGGUUCGCCCACGAGCCGAUGUAGCUUACUGCAUCUAUGCGCUAGGCAGAAGACUGUCCAAGACCCAUAAUUGGACGGUUGCAUUGAAAGCAUUGAUAGUUAUUCACAGGACAAUGAGGGAAGGUGAUCCUACAUUUCGAGAGGAGCUAUUAAGCUAUUCUCGUCGAGGCAGUAUUCUUCAAAUAUCCAACUUUAAGGAUGAUUCAUGUCCUUUGGCUUGGGAUUGCUCUGCAUGGGUACGAACAUAUGCAAACUACCUGGAAGAGCGACUUGAAUGUUUUAGGAUUUUAAAAUAUGAUAUUGAAUCAGAACGUGUGAUGAAGGCGACCCCACAGCAACAGUCCGUUAAGGGACAUAGUCGAACUAGAACUUUAUGUUGUCCUGAUCUGUUAGAACAGUUGCCUGCUUUACAACAACUUCUCUUCCGUCUUAUUAAUUGUCAGCCUGAAGGAGCAGCAUGUGGAGACUUGCUCAUUCAAUAUGCAUUGGCUCUGGUUCUAAAAGAGAGCUUUAAAAUAUAUUGUUCAAUCAAUGAUGGCAUCAUCAACCUCGUAGAUAUGUUCUUUGAGAUGUCAAAAUAUGAUGCCAUCAAAGCACUUGAUAUAUAUAAGAGAGCUGGACAGCAGGCUGAUGCUCUUUCCGAGUUCUACGAAUUCUGCAAACAUUUGGAGCUUGCGAGGAACUUUCAGUUCCCUACUUUGAGACAGCCACCCCCUUCAUUUCUUGCUACAAUGGAAGAGUAUAUCAGAGAAGCACCUGGAGUUGGGUCUAUUUCAUGUAAGAAACUGGAAUAUGAAGAGAAGAACCUGCUAACUUACCAUCAAGAAGAAGCUGCUCCCUUGGAAGAAAAGCCAGCUGAAGAAGAAAAGGAAGAGCCACCUGCAGUGGAGCCACCACCACCCGAACCCAAACCUGAACCUGUAGCAGAAGUUGAACCUCCACCUGCUACCACCGCAGACUUGCUAGGCUUGGAUGAAAUAAAUCCUGCUGCUGCUGAUCUUGAGGAGAGCAAUGCAUUGGCUCUUGCCAUAAUUUCUCCAGGUGAUGCUGCGAAGCGUCCAUCAACCACCGACUUGUUUGCAAUUGAUUCUUCCGGAUGGGAGUUGGCAUUGGUCACUACCCCAAGCACCGGAACCAGCCAAAUCGUUGAAAGUAAACUGGCUGGUGGUUUCGACAAACUUUUGCUUGACAGCCUCUAUGAAGACUCAGCCAGGAGACAGCAGAUUGCCACAGCAUAUAACGGUGGCAGUAUGGAUGCCGAUCCCUUUCACUACAGAGACCCCUUUGCUAUGUCAAAUGGCAUUGCGCCGCCACCAAAUGUGCAGAUGGCAAUGAUGGCUCAGCAGCAGCAGCAAUACUACUAUCAGCAGCAACUGCAACAACAACAAUAUCCAAUGUAUCAUCAGCAGCAAUAUUAUCACCAACAAGUGCCGCAGCAAACGAUGAUGGUGCCUUACCAACCUCAACAGCAGAUGGGCUCAGCCAAUCCUUUUGGUGAUCCAGUUGGUGGCUUCUCACCUGCUCCAGCUUCACAUGGCAAUCAACAUUUUCUCUGAAAUGGGUCAUUCGUUUCUUUGUUAACCUUCCUAUAAAUUCAUGGUUGCAUAGUUUUUAUAGCGAUUUAUGCAGCCCAUUCAUUUUGUGUCUCAUUCAAAAGGUGUAGCUCCACAGGCAAGCAAAAUUUUCUGAGGUUAUUAACUUCAAUUUUCUUC